UUUCGUUGGGUGUUUCGCUUUAGUCGGCUUUAGGAUGUGUAUUCUGGAUGUAUUCUCUUGCGUUGUUGUGAGUGCUUUCAGAUUUUCUUACUUGUUUGUACUUCGUAGUAUUACUUAUCCAUUAGUGUUAGCCCCGUUCGAACUUAACUCAUAUACACAAGAAACUAUUCAUACAAGAACUAGAAAGACAAUGAGUUCAUUAACGUCAUCAUUUGUACAAACCUCGGUAUAUAAACUAAAUUUGCAUGAGCGUGGACUCCGGCGUCCCACUAUCCGGAUUUUGUAGGUGAUCUAGGCCUGAGCGCCUUAGUCCCCCUGCUUUUGAGUUGUUCAUCGGAUCUUUCUUGGUGUAGUUUAGUUCCUGUCGCCCUUGUGCACCGCAGUGACGAUGGUGUUUUGGCUAAUUUGGUCUUCGCUUUUGUGCGUUGUUAUUGUGAGUCUUGUAUACUAACGAUGACUUUGUUGUGGUCUUGCACUUUUGCUAUGAUUUUUUGUGGCCUUGCUAUUCAGCGAUGGCCAUUGUGUCUACCAGUAUCUCUCUGUUGCUGUUAUCGUUUAUUGUGACAGAUCUGUACUGGUAGUUAAGUGCGCUUGUCAACUGUGUGAUUGAGCUUGUGGGUGUCUACUAGGGUUCAACGUUAUUUGUCUGCUUUGUGCAAAUUCAUUCCAGAUCAAUUUAUUGGUCAUUGGAAUUAUGUAUCCAAUGACACUUUGCAAUUGCUUGGUGUUGACUAAUGAAAGGCUAUGCUAUUGUUGUCAAAAAAGAGUGGAGAGUUGGCUAAACCUCAUAAAAUUGACCGGAUCAUAUUAUUGUUCUUAAAUUACAACAAUAAAUAAAUUUCGCAACAAUUGAAACUAUAAGAAUUAAGUGAAGUUUCGCUAAAACUACAAACCCUAAAAUCAUAAUAGUGUCCGAAAAAAAUGAAUCAUAAUAAUUGGGCAGAGAAAUUAAAAUCUUUAGGCGCGCGUGGAGCGCGACCGAGAAAAAAAGGUUGUGGACACGCGCCGGAGCGGACCGUUUUUCAGUUUUACAUUUCCAGACGACAGCGUUCUUUCCAUACCGACGUCGCGUCGUCUUCUUCCCCUUCCAAGUUCCAAUUCUGCUCCGGAAAUAGAGAACCCAAAUUCCCUGAAACCCUAAAAACUUUUGAUUCAACCUCAAUUCUAUAUCUUUGGCAUUCUUCCGAGUAAGGUUCAGCUUGUAGCUUGUUCCCCAGUUGAUUCUGACACAUGUUCGGAUCAGCCAACUUCGCACUAACCCUGAUAAUGUGUGAGAUUUUUCCGGUGGAGAUGGGGUGCAUAACAAUGGCUCCGUGUUUUCUUGUUUGAGGUCAAAACCAGUAGAGCAAAGCACACUCUUGAGGUGGGGUUUAAUAUUUGGAUUGUAAUGGAUACCAACACGACUGAGAGGACAUCUCCGACACAAACCAAAUGGAGAAAAGUGGCUUAUGGAGGGAUGCAACCUGGUUUUGAUGACAAUUACACUGAUGAAUCUUUUCUCGAAGAGAUGGUCACAAAUGCCAACGUGCGAAAAAGGGACAUGCUAAAAGUGAUGCAGGAUUCAGUUUCCAUCUCCCAAUAUCUGUGCAUCGUAACUCUCACUGGUUUGGUUUGGAUCUACACCCUCAGAUCAACUCUGAACGAAAAUUCGCUUUUGCUUCUUGAUGUCACCCUUCUCGGAUUGGGUUUUCUCAUACUCCUUUUAACUCAAGAAAUGUUUUCCCUCAAUCUUCUUUUCCAUUACAUCCUCAAUAUUUCUUUUUUUACCACCGGCUUAUAUCUUCUAGCUCCUAUUUAUCAAACUCUUACAAGAUCCAUUAGCUCAGACUCCGUUUGGGCAGUAACCGUCUCACUCCUUGUGCUUCACCUUUUUCUCCAUGACUACUUUGGGUCCACCAUAAGAACUCUUGGGGCCCCAAACAAUCCGACAUUGACAAGCUGCAUCUCUUUAAAUGCUUCUGUUGUGGCCUCGGUUUUCAUGGCUUCGCGCCUGCCUUCAAGUCUUCUUGUCUUUGCGAACAUGCUUUUCUCCCUGCAAGUUUUCCUUUUCGCUCCGUUGGUAACUUACUGCAUCAGGAAGUAUUCCUUCCGUCUGCACCUCUGGUUUUCGUUUAGUCUGAUGGUUGCAACCUUGGUUUUUGUUUAUAUGCUACAUCUGUUUCUUUUCGUAAUGUUGUUAGGGUUGUUGGUUUUUGUAACUUUGGUCUGUCCGUAUUGGCUGAUACGGAUGCAGGAGUACAAAUUUGAGAUUAACGGUCCGUGGGACGAGGCUAAGCUUUGUUUUGAGAUUGUAGAUUGAGAUUUUGAGUGCCCUUGCGACCGUUUGUUGUAAUAUAUGUAAUUUCAAUGUAGAACAUACAAAUGUUCUGUAAACAUUAUCUUCUGUAUCUCCUACCGUUAAUCGUGUUUAGU